AUGGGGAUCGGCUUCGUCGCCUUCCUGCUCUACGCGCCGGUGAAGGAGGACACGGUGCACCACACGGCGGUGGUCGCCUCGGAAGCGCUUGGGGAUCUCCGGCUGAAGGGGCGCGCGGUGGAGCUGUCAAAGGAGGUCGUCGACAACGUCCUGAAUGACCCGAAGACGCUGCAGUUGGUGGUCGGGAUCGCGGUGAAGCUGCUCGCGCAGGAGGAUACAAAGAUCGCCAUCUCCUCGCUCUUGAGGUCUUUAUUUGAGGAUCAUUACACACAGGAGAUCACCAAGAAAUUCGUGCUGAAAAUCUUGCGGGAUCCGUGGAUUAUGGAGCAGAUCCACGUUAUCGCCAAGGAUCACACACUGAAAAUUAUUGAAACAAAGGAAGUCAAAACGGCUUUGACGAAACUCUUCACGGAGUGCAUCGAGAGAAUGGUUGAAAACUCAGAACUUCAACACAGUGUGGCACGAGCCAUACGGGUAUCUUUAAUUCGAGCUAUCAACCCUUUGCUAUAA